AUGGAGAGAAGAGACAGUAUCAAACGUCGAAAUACCGGUUUGUUCUCACGAACGCUUGGUCAAAUACCCAAGUCGAUCAUGAAUGCGAACAGCACCGGUAUCAAUUCGAAGCGACGUAAGAUUCCUUUGAUGUUUGUUCCUCCGAGCACGCAAUCACCUCUUUUCGUUUACGGUAACGAUGUGGAUCAACGUUCUUUUUUGAGUCUUGGAACAGACUUGCAGGCUGCUUCUGAACACAGAUCUGCUAUUGAGCGCGACAACGAGUCCAUAGUUACCUCCAGGUCUUUACCGUCGACAUUAGACCACACCAAUGACGAUAUCGAUUCUGUUCAUCAAUGGUUGGAGGAAGAGCGCGAGAGAAGAAGCAUGCACGAUGCAGGGUCAGCUUUUCCUAACUAUGGUUCUGCAAACGAUACUGACGACCUCCUUGUUCAGGCAGACAGAAUGUUCAAGGACCAAGAAAGCGAUCUGUCAUACGAGGAAGACAUGGGAUUCAAAGAUGAAGAGGUGGAGGAUUUUGCUCACGAGAAAGCCACUACGGCAUCUGAAUCAUGGAAGCUUGCCCAAUACUCGUUUCCAUUGAUCUUGACGUUUGUCUUGGAACAGAUAUUCUCGUUAGUUUCUGUCGUUUUUGUUGGCCAUCUUGGGAAGCAGGAACUCGCUGCCGUUAGUAUGGCUUCCAUGACCAGUACUAUCAUUUUGGCUAUCUACGAAGGAAUUGCCACAGCAUUGGAUACUCUUUGUCCUCAGGCUUAUGGUGCGGGCCAGUACGCCAAAGUUGGUAUACAUACCCAAAGAUGCAGCCUGUUCUCCUUGGUUCUUUACAUCCCCUCGGCUCUAUUUUGGUGGUACAGUGGCUCGGUUCUAUCACACUUUAUCGACGAUCCAGAGGUGGUCGAAUUGUCUCAACAGUUUCUGCGAAUUUUGAUUCUUGGAGGACCAGCGUAUAUUCUUUUUGAGAACGGCAAACGGUUCCUGCAAGCACAAGAGAUCUUUGAAGCUGGAACUUUAAUUUUAUUUAUUACAUCCCCCAUAAACAUAUUGGUCAACUGGGUGUUGAUCUACUACUGGGAUUUCGGAUACAUUGGUGCACCAAUUGCUGCUGUGCUGAAUUUCUGGCUCAUGUUCAUCCUGUUGAUCCUUUAUGUGGUCUUUAUCGAUGGAAGAGAGUGCUGGGACGGAUUCACUUGGGAGGCAUUAACACAUUGGUACGACUUGUCGCUACUGGCUAUUCCGGGAACAGUCACGCUUCUAGCAGAGUCGUUGGCAUACGAAGUCCUCACACUGCUAGCUUCCUAUUUCGGUACAGAGGCGCUGGCUACCCAAUCGGCCCUUUCAAGUUUGGUGUCACUGUUGUAUAUGGUACCAUUUGCUCUCUCUGUUGCUUCGUCAACAAGACUGGCCAAUUUUAUUGGAUCCGGAAACAUUGAUGCGGCUCGAGUGACCACCAAAGUGGGGCUUUCUGCUUCUGUGGUCUGCGCAUCAGCCAACUCCCUUUUGAUUUUAUUCGGAUCAAAGUUGAUCGCACGCAUGUUCACAGAGGACCCUGAAGUCACAAGAAUGAUUGUUGGCCUGUGUCCACUCCUCUCUGUGUUUGUGCUGUUCGACGGACUCGCAUGUGUUGCAAAUGGUAUAUUAAGAGCGCUAGCUUUGCAAGCAAUAGGCGGGUUCCUCAGUUUACUGGGCUACUAUGUGGUGGCAGUUCCAUUGGCAUUCGUGCUUGCAUUUCAUUUGGACAUGGAAUUGGUUGGACUAUGGAUCGGUAAUGGUACGGGUUUGUUGUUGAUCGGCGUUGCCGAACUGUUUGUCAUCUAUCGAGUUGACUGGAAAAAGAUUGUCGAGGCUGCCAAAAAACGCAACCAAGACAAAUAG